ACCAGCCUGCAAACUGGUUCCCAGUAGAGAACACAGAGUAAUACUGUAGAUAUGGAUCCUAAUCUGUUGGUGGUAUCUGACAGUAAUGUAGGUACGUUAAUUAUUAUAAUUUUGGCGCGUCAAUUUGGAUAUCACCACCAACUACAACAUUGGCUGUUAACUUUAUAUCAUUUACAUGAGAUUUUAUUGCAGUAGAACUUAUCGACAUUACUUGAUAUUCCUCUCUAUUUGGACAUGUAAACACCACAAGCAACAUCAUCAGGUGUAACAAUGGCCAUUCUGAACCUGUCCUUUGCUGCCUGUGGUUUUAUGGGGAUCUACCACCUGGGUGCGGUGGGGGCCUUUCUUCGUCAUGGAGACAAGCUGCUGGGCUCCCUGAGGGCCUGUGCAGGAGCAUCAGGCGGAGCACUGGUGGCUGCUGUCCUCAUCACAGCUCCAGAUAAGCUGGAGCACUGCACAAAGUUCACCUACGAGUUUGCUGAAAGUGUGAGACAACAGAGGUUUGGAGGCAUUACACCAGGAUUCAAUUUCAUGCUCAUUUUAAGAGAAGCACUACAGGAGAUUCUGCCCAGUGAAGCUCACAGUCUGGCCAGUGACCGACUUUAUGUCUCUAUAACUCACUGCAGGAGUGGGAAGAACCGCAUCGUUUCCAGGUUUCCCUCUAGGGAUGAGCUCAUAAUGGCUCUGCUUGCCAGCAGCUUUGUGCCUCUCUAUGCCGGGCUCAGACCGGUGGAGUUCAGCGGACAGAAAUGGAUUGAUGGAGGGUUUACAGACAGCCUGCCCAUCCUGCCUGUGGGGAGAACCAUCACUGUGUCUCCCUUUGCUGGACUGCAGGAUGUGUGUCCUGUCCACAGGGGGCACUUCAACACUAAGCUCAACAUUGCUAACAUGAAAAUUAUGUUUUCCAUGGAGAACAUCAAACGUCUGAACCAGGCUUUGUUUCCUCCGUCCCUCAGCACCAUGCAUGCCAUAUAUGAGGAAGGUCACACUGAUGCAGUGCGGUUCCUGAAGCGAGAGGACCUAAUGAGCUGGCAGCCCUGAUCUUCAGGAUGAAGCAAAGCACAAUUUACAAGAGACUCCCAACUUUUUAGGGUUUUAUUAUAGUGUAAGUAAGGGAAUACGCUAAUCUUCUGCUGACUGGAGCAGAACAUCAUGAAGGCGCCUCAUGUGGACAUGGACUACUCAUCAAUUUUCCAAGGAACCAUUUCACUUCCUUAACUUGAAGGACUGAGAGAUCAUGGAGUCUGGAAGCUUUGAAGUGCUUGAUAUUUCUGCAGGGGUGCUGUUUGGUUUUCCUCCAGCAGGUGGAGACGUGAGCCAAAGGUCACCUGAGAAAAGCUUCCAUUUAUAAUGUAUAUUAUUGGCAUGAGAUGAUGGUCAGAAAUACAAUAAUUUAUGUAAAGGUUUAUUUUAACUUAAUUAAGAAACUAAUAAGGAAGUUCUUCAAGAAAUUCUUUCUCCUCUGUUUUUUGAAACUGUUUGAUCCUUUUCUUUAUUUUAACCCUAAAAUGUAUUUAACCAGAUACAUUUUCAUUUUUCGAACAUCUUGUUUAAGUGAAACAGAUCCCUCAUCACCUCAGCUGUCCAAGAAUAAAUAAAAUUAUAUAUUUUUUACAGUUAA